AUGACACCCAAAAAACAUAAUCGCCAGUAUGACCUGGUCGUUUUUGGGGCGACGGGUUAUACCGGUGUAUACAUUGCCGAGUUUAUCACGAACUCACUACCUACAAAUUUGCGUUGGGCGAUUGCAGGCCGGUCGAGGUCGAAGCUCGAGAAGAUCGCGUUAGAUCUGAAGGCUCUGAACCCGGAGCGUCUUCAGCCUGACGUGGAAAUAUGUGGAUUGAAUGGUUCAGAUCUUGAAGCCCUUGCUCGCAAAACAUCCAUCUUGAUCACCACAGUCGGGCCGUAUGCCGUCUCUGGCGAACAUGCUUUCAAGGCUUGUGCAGAAAAUGGAACCCAUUACCUAGACGUCACAGGAGAGACGCCGUGGGUUGCCAGGAUGAUUAAGAAGUAUGAGAGCACGGCCCAGGCCAGCGGUGCCCUGAUGAUACCGCAAAUAGGCAUCGAUAGCUGCCUUCCUGAUGUUGUGACAUAUACCCUUGCCUCGUUGAUACGGACCGAGCUACAAGCAAAAACAGCAGACGUGACCGUCUCAGUCUACCGCCUAAAUGCUCGCCCAUCAGGAGGUACUCUAGCGUCUGCACUUGGUCUUUUCGACUCGUUUUCCGUCAAGGAACUCAACCAAAGCCUGGCCCCAUUCGCGCUGUCUCCCCUGCCCAAUCCGCGCCCGCCCAUCAAACAACCUAGCUUGUUCACAAGGCUGACAGGAUUGCGCUCUGUUCCACAUCUUGGCCUCCAGACAACAUUUAUUGCUGGACGGACGGAUGCCGGCAUCGUGGAGCGCACCUGGGGCCUGUUCUCGCUGAUUCCAUCGCGGAAACAGGACUUCUAUGGACCAAGAUUCACCUUUGCUGAGUACCUGAAGGCUAGUGGUUGGCUGGAUGGGAUCGUGAAGCAUGUUGGCCUUGCCGUUGCUGGCAUGUUGCUGAUGCUUUUGCCCCCUUUUCGAUGGCUCGUCAAGAAGUUGGUCACCAAGCCUGGAGACGGCCCGGACAAAGAGGCGGCCAAGGAUGAGGACAUAGAUUAUCGAGGAGUCGCGACGCCCGAUCUGCCGGGUUCUUCCAACAAGAUGGCAUACUGUCGAGCCCACUACGUGGGGAUGACUGCGCUUUUCGUCACCCAAGCGGCAAUGACAUUGCUUGAGGACGAUGUUGAACUCGGGCCGGGUAUUCUUACUCCAGCUUGUCUGGGACAAGGCUACAUAGAUAGACUGGAGACAGGAGGACUCAAGUUCGAAUCCAGGUUACUGGACUCCCAGGCCUAG